AUGACAAGUGGGCCAGUGCCAUUCAGGGAUGUGACUGUGGGCUUCACCCAGGAGGAGUGGCAGCAUCUGCACCCUGCCAGAACCCUGUACAGAGAUGUGAUGCUGGAGAACUACAGUCACCUUGUUUCAGUGGGGGUUUGCUUUACCAAGCUAGAGGUGGUUUUCAAGUUGGAGCAAGGAGAGGAGCCGUAGAUCUUAGAAGAAGAGUCCUCAAGCCAGAGCCACCCAGAAUUCUGCGUAGUUGAUGACCAGAUGGAGAAGAACCAGGAAAACCAAGACCAGCAUUUGUGGAAAAUUGAUUUCAUCAACAAAAACAUUGACUAGAGAGAUAGUACGUUAGGAAAAGCAUUUUAUCUAGACACAAACCCUCUGCCAAUGAGAAAAAUACCUGAUAAAUAUGACUCAUGCAGAAUGAGUUUGAAUUAUUUUUCAGAACUAACAAUUAGUAGUGGAAAAUCCUUUGUAAGGAAGCUCGAUGAGUUUAAUGCACUUAGGAAAUUGCCCCUCUGUACAAAGCAGGAGAAUCCUCAUUCCAGAGAUAAACCUUUUGAAUAUGAUAGGAGUGGGAAAGCCAUCAGUCAAAAUGGGGACCUUUUUCAGCCUCAGGAUAUUCAAACAUUGAAACAACAUUUUGAAUGUAAUGAAUAUGGGAAAACUUUCCCUGAGGAGGCAGCCUUUAUUACCCAUGGUCAUGAGAGAAGCCCUGUGAAUGUAAUGAACCAGUGAAAGCCCUUUCUUAUAGACCAACAUUUAUAGAUCCUCAGAGAAAUCACACAAGGAAGAAUCACUGUGAAUUUAAUGAUUGUAGGAAGAGGUCUGCUGGUGAAAAGUUGACUCUAAAUAAAGAGCAUAAGGGUCUCAUGGGGAUGAAAUACUAUGAGUGCAGGAAUAAUUUUGGCAAGAAGUCACUCUCUACUUACAAAGAAAGAACUCACAAAGGAGAAAGAACUUUUGAAUGUAAUGAAGGUGGGGGACUCAUCAAGAAACCAAAUUGUUUUCAGUAUCAGCAGACACACGCGGGUAAGAAAACCUAUAAUCAGCAUGGGAGAUCAUUUUGGUAGGCACCGAUUCUUUCUAAACAUAAGCCAACAUACAUAAAGGAAAAACACUAUGAAUGUAGUGAGUGCGGAAAAGCCCUCAGCGACAAGU